GAGGAGAUCAGGGACCUCCUCGCCAAGGACCAGAGCAAGAAGCUGGAGCUGAAGGAGAACCCCGAGACGGGGGUGUACAUCAAGGACCUCUCCUCCUUCGUGACCAAGAACGUCAAGGAGAUCGAGCACGUGAUGAACCUGGGGAGCCAGACGCGCUCCGUGGGCAGCACCAACAUGAACGAGCACAGCUCCCGCUCCCACGCCAUCUUCCUCAUCACCAUCGAGUGCAGCGAGACGGGGCCGGACGGUGAGGAGCACAUCCGCGUGGGCAAGCUCAACCUGGUGGACCUGGCCGGCAGCGAGCGCCAGAACAAAAUGGGAGCCCAUGGCGAGCGCCCCAAGGAAGCCUCCAAGAUCAACCUUUCCCUGUCCGCCCUGGGCAACGUCAUCUCCGCGCUCGUGGACGGCAGGAGCACGCACAUCCCCUACCGGGACUCCAAGCUGACCCGCCUCCUGCAGGACUCCCUCGGGGGCAAUGCCAAGACAAUCAUCCCAGCCUCCCACAGCUAUGAUGAGAGCCUCUCCACCCUCAGGUUCGCCAACAGGGCCAAGAACAUCAAGAACAAGCCCCGGGUGAACGAGGACCCCAAGGACACCUUGCUGCGGGAGUUUCAGGAGGAGAUCAUCCGGCUGAAAGCCCAGCUGGAGAAACGCGGGAUGCUGGGGAAGAAGAGAAGAAGGAGCAGCCGGAGGAAGAAAGCGACGGAUGGAGAAGGCACUGUGGAGAAUGAAGGAGAGGAUGACAAUGAGGAUGGCCUGGAGAAGAACAUGGAGAAUUACUUGAAGGAGCAGAAGGAGAGGCUGGAAGAGGAGAAGGCUGCUAUUCGGGAUGACCACAGCCUGGUAAGCGAGGAGAAGCAGAAGCUGCUCCAGGAGAAGGAGAAGAUGAUAGAGGACCUGAGGAAGGAGCAGGAGGCCACGGAGCUGUUGGCCAUCAAGUACAAGGCAAUGGAGAGUAAGCUGCUCAUCGGGGGCAGGACCAUUGUGGACCACACCAACGAGCAGCAGAAGAUGCUGGAGCUGAAGCGGCAGGAGAUUGCUGAGCAGAAACGCCGGGAGCGGGAGAUGCAGCAGGAGAUGUUGCUGCGGGAUGAGGAGACCAUGGAGCUGCGGGAGACGUACACCUCCCUGCAGCAGGAGGUGGAGAUCAAAACUAAGAAGCUGAAGAAGCUCUAUGCCAAGCUGCAGGCCGUGAAGGCAGAGAUCCAGGACCAGCAUGACGAGUACAUCCGUGUGCGCCAGGACCUGGAGGAGGCCCAGAACGAGCAGACACGGGAGCUGAAGCUCAAAUACUUGAUCAUCGAGAACUUCAUCCCUCCUGAGGAGAAGAACAAGAUCAUGAACCGUCUGUACUUCGACGGUGAUGAGGACCAGUGGAAAUUCCAGCCUCUUGUGCCCACUGGAGGGAACAGCUCCCAAAUGAAGAGGAGACCCACAUCUGCCGUGGGCUACAAGAGGCCCAUCAGCCAGUAUGCCCGCGUGGCCAUGGCCAUGAGAUCCCAUCCACGCUUCCGGGCUGAGAACAUCAUGUUCCUGGAGCUGGACCUCUCCCCUCCGGCCAUCUUUGAGUUCGAGCGCAGCAGGGACCUGGCAGAGCAGGACCCUCGGGCUCUCCACCUGGAGAGGCUGAUGCACCUGGACAGCCUCCUGGAGCGGCCAGCGGCCUCACGGGUGCGGAAGUCACGCUCCUGGUGCCAGACACCGCGGUCACUGCCAUCCUCCACCACUCAUGUCUCCCUCACCUCCAGCUCCCCGUGUGCCACCACGAUGCCAGCUCAGGAGUGA